AACAAAACAAUUCGUCUUUCCAUCUGUUUUUCACAUAGAGUUUGUUUUUACCGAUUGUUUUAAAAUCCAACGACAAAGCGUAUUUAUUUGUAUUACAUUCUCUUGCACUUAUAUCUUGUGCAUCUUCUCUAUAUCAGAAAUGCCCGCACUCUAUCUGCCACACUAAAUAAGAUCGUGCUAAAAACGCACGAAGUAGCGAUCCUACGACAGGUGAAAAUGUAAGAACUGGUGGACCCGCUGAUUGGAUAACGACUCGUAUAUAUUAAAGCUUUUUGCGACUUAAUUUUGCGAAAGUAUCUUAAAGUAAAAGAAACAGAAAUCAUUAGGCCCGGUAUAACACAUAAAUAUAUAUAAUAUUAAAUAAUAUUAAAAUAUUAACUUAUACCUCAAAUGAGUUUGUGUUUAUUGUUUAAAAUCGUACUUAUGCAGUAACAGCAGCUGAAUAUUCACGGUUGGUUAAACACACAUUAAUGGUCUGACUGUGCGAAGAAGUUGCAGCGAAAAAAUCAGUAGCAAGAUGGAAAUUCUUUAAACAAUCUGCAAAAUGGUUACUACCUAAACCAAAAUGAAAUUUUGCAUAUUAAUUGAGGUUAUAGUGUUGGUUUCAUGUGUAUUUUGUAGUCAAUCGCAUAUUUCGUCUCACCAUCAUCACAAGCAUUCAAGAAGAUCAGAAUACCCCCGUUUAUAUCAUGACAAUAACGAGUAUCCUGUUCAAAAAUCACAUAGGCGCCAGGAGGUAAUACAUGCUUUGAAUGACGAUUCUGAAAAAACGGACGAUAGUGAUGAUAUUGACUCACUUGGCACAUCAAUGGACGCAACAGGAGCCGAAAUCAAAGACUCUGAUAAAAAGCAAGUAGAAGUGCCUGAAGUGAAACAAAAAGAUGUCACCGGGACUACGAAGGAUAUUAUACAGAAAAUUAAGGAAAUACAAGAUAGGCUAUUCAAAAGGACGGGAAGUAAAGAAUUAGAAAGUAAAUUAAAACAAAUGGAAGGCUUUCCAGAUGCCAAGCAACCUUUAACAGAAGCUAAAAAGGGAGAAAAAACAGGAGCUAAGUCUGAUUUACAAAAUAAUACAAAGACUAGUGAGGAUAAAAGUGACAAAAAAUUGAGCGAUGGUUCUAAAAAACCAGACAGGAGGAAAAUUAUUCCAGAAGAAGUAGUAGACAAAAUUUUAGAAAAGUUUCAGCAGCUUCGACAAGAAGCAAAACAUAUGGCUUUACUGGAAACUAAACAUGAUGCUGAGAAAGAAAUCAGUGAAGGUAAGUCCGUGUCUCACAGUCCUUACGAAACCAUUGGUCCAGCAAAACCAAACGCAGAAUUGAAAAACAGAACACAAGAGCCUGAUAUCCAGCCAGCAGGAGUUGAUGAAAAGUUAGACUUGGCCAUGCAAAGCGCAUCAAACGCACCAAAUAAUAAUCCAGCAUCGAAUGCACCAAAUAAUAAUCCAGCAUCAAUUGCAUCAAAUAAUAAUCCAGGAAGCAUUGAGAUACCAAUUGGUAACGCAGCUAAUCAAAUUCCAAACAACGCAAACGGCAUGACUAAGAUGCCCAACAUGCCAGUCAUGUUUAUUAGAAAUGGUCAAAUGUUAGUGCCAGUGUUUGGAUCAAACGUUCAAACAUCACCUAUGAGUGUCACUGGGAACGCAAUGGCACAGUUUAAUGGUAAUCCUGGCGUAGCAAUGCCCAACUUACCAAAUAAUGUUGUACCUAUGAGUAGUCCACAACAACUUACAGCUGCUUUCAUGGGGUCCAUGCAAAAUGCGAUGAUGAACGGAGCUGGAAAUCAAUUUCAGCCAGUAUUUAGCCAACAACCAUCUGCUCAAUAUAUUCCAGCUCGUUCUGCAAGCGAAUCCGCAUCUUCGCGAUGUGACAUUCCUGGAGCAAGUUGCCCAACACCUACCCAAUCAUUUGCUCCUCAACAAAAUCCAACUAAUAACAUUGCAUCUGUUGACAACGCUCCUUCAACUUCUGAUUUAAUUAAAAACAUUUUAAAUGCUCCAGGAUUUCCUCAAUUGGCAGCUCGCCUAAUGUCUGAGUCAUACCAAGGGAAUAGACAACAGCCUCAAAUGGGUGAUUCCCGUGGGUUUAAUAACAUGUCUCCUAUAAAGUCAGAGCAAGGCCUGAUUCCGAUGGCACAAUUCGCAGGGAUGCCUCAGAUGGGUGAUGGUUCACAACAAGGUGAUGGUUUACAGCAGGGCAUGGCAGGUUUUGCUCCAACUAGUGCAGAAAAUGCACAAGGACUAAGUCCUGGAUCUGUGCAAUUUAAUUUGCAAAACAGCCUUGCUUCUAAUCCAGGUCAGAUAUCAAUGUUGCAAAAUCAACCUGCUUCACCCGAUCCGAUGAACGUCCAACGGGAAUUGUUUAAAAUGCAACAGCCAACCAACCCUAUUGGUCCAUUAAUGGGAAACCCGUUUCAAGAUGCUUAUCCUGACCGCAACGAUAACAUGGAGCAAAUGCAACGCGAGAAUCAAAUAUUCAGUGCUAGAAAUAUCGCUAUGAAUGACAUAUCAGAUCCUGCAGGACAAGAAGAGGAGCGAGGAGUAAUGCAGCAGCAGACGCCUGAACAAUUAUUAAAUUUUGCUAAAUAUAAAAAUAUGCAAGACCGACAAGAGGAUGAUAAUGGACAACAACGAAUGGGACCAACAAGGAUGUCUAUGGAACGUGGCGGAACAGAACGUAGCCUACUUUCAGGUGUGGAUCCUGGUAGUUUGUUAGAUAAACUUCAUGGUGCACAACUAAAGGUGGAUAUGAUGGGUGCUGGUGAUCCACAGAUGUUCAGUCCUACAUACAAAGAGAAAAUGCAGAAAGAAAGUUCGGAAUUUGAAGGAAAUCCAGAUGAUCUUUUGGAGAUGUUAAGGCGUCAAAAUGAUAAAGUCUUUCAUAAGAACUUUGGAGAUUAUAGUAAAUCCAGACUGAGAGAACAACGUGCAAGGUCAAGACAGCUGCCAUUAGGUUCUGUCGAUCCAAGUUUUGCUGACGACAUAUCUAAUGACGAUGGAUUUAAUCAACCUUUCGACGUUCAGAGUAAAUCUUUAGCAACUGAGAAUGAAGAUAAUCAAUUUCUCAACGGCAGACAUCAUUUACCAAGCCGACACGAUCUAUCUGUCCUACCUGAUAAUUUUGUUCAAUACAAACACGGGAGAAUGUCAAUGGAUUCUGCAGAUGUUGUCAAUUCGUUUUUCCGAGAUCCACAAUAUUAUAGAAACAAAAUUGCUCAUCCUCCGGGUAGUAAAAGUAAUAUAAAAACUAACAAAAAAGUUAAACCGGUUGUCAGAGCUUCUAUAACAAAGACAUUACCAGAAGAUAAUGUGGAACUUAGAGUAAAUGGAAAAAAACUCGUUGAUAAGAACACAUUAAGAAGUAAAAUAGUCAAUGGUAAAAUAGUAAAAGCUAAAGGCAAAACUUUGUCUUCUAAAGGACCUGUGCAAAUUGAAUUAUCGCAUGGCGAAGAUAAAAGAAAAAUAAUUAAUAUUGUAACAAAGUCUAAGUAUAAUGUCACUGAAGACAGAAGACGAACAAAAAUACCAAAAGUACAGUUAAUUGAAGAUGACUGAAGUGGAACAGGAUAUUCUAGUACAUUGAUACAAAGUGAAAACUCCAUUGCAGAGUAAACCACCUAAGUGUUAUGGCAAUUUUCCUGGUUAAAUUGCUAUAUUCCACUUGUGGAAGAAAAAGAUAUUGAGUUCCGUUCAAUAUGUAAGCCUUGAAAAGGUGUUAAACAAGUCGAAUGUUUUAAUUAACCAGAACGGUAAAAAGAGAUCGCCAGUCAGAGGAUGUUUUAGGCUAGUAGUGAAACUGGAUGACAUGUGUUACGAUGUUUCAUCAAUGAAGUUUGCAAAAUACUGAACCUUAUUUUUCAAAUUUUGCACAUUGCAUAAAAAUAUUUAUGUUAUCA